CUCCUUCCUCUCUUUCCUCGCGGGGCUCCUUUUCUCUCUGCCCCCCCUUUUUGCUCCAAAAAUGCCUCCACUUUGAGGCGCUGGAUUGCAAUUGCAAAAGGGAGCCAAAGACCCCCCUUUAGGAGCCCUUUGGGGACCCUCCAUGGUCUAAGUUUUCUUCUGAGGACAAACUUUCUCCUGGGGAGGGGGAAAGCCUCCUCCAAGAGAGGCCUCCAGCCUUUCUCUGCCCCCCCCUUUGGGGCCAGGAAUUGGGGUCCCCCCUUGAAGCCUCUUCUCAGCCGCCAUGCAGGGAAGGGUGCUGCUUCUUCUUCUGGCCCUCGCAUGUCUGAACGCGGAUCCCGUGAACGGGGGUGGGAAGAAGUUUUACCAGGGACCUUGCGGAGGUCGAGACUGCAGCGCAGGAUGCAGAUGCUUUCCAGAGAAAGGGGCUCGGGGUCGACCCGGGCCAAUUGGAAACCAAGGACUGAUGGGUGCUCCAGGAUUUACAGGACCAGAAGGCUUGAGAGGACAAAAAGGAGAGAAAGGAUCAGUGGGUGUUUCAGGACCAGCUGGAGUCAAGGGUGAUAAAGGCCCAAUGGGGGUUCCUGGAUUUCAAGGCAUCUACGGAGUUCCUGGGCACCCUGGCCAAGCAGGGUCCAGAGGUCUACCUGGUCUGGAUGGCUGUAACGGAACAAUUGGGAGCCCUGGUUUUCCUGGAACAGAGGGAUUUCCUGGCAUCCAAGGGCCACCGGGGCGUCCUGGCUCCAAAGGUCCAAAGGGUGAGCCUGUUUUUGCCCAGGGAGUUUUAAAAGGAAUGAAGGGAGAAAGUGGACUUCCGGGAUUGGAUGGCGCGGUGGGUCCUAAAGGAUUCCCAGGUCUACUAGGUCCUGCUGGCCCAGUUGGGCUACCUGGCUUUCCCGGACCACCAGGUAUACCUGGCCCUCCAGGCCAAUUGGGGAACAGUGGCCUAGUUUUCCAGGGAGAAAAAGGAGAAAAAGGAGAUGUUGGCCUUCCAGGUCCUGCUGGACCUCCACCUUCCACCGGGAUUUUGGAAUUCAUGGAGUUCCCUAAGGGACAACGAGGGGCAAAGGGCAUUCCAGGCCCAGAAGGGUUUCCAGGUCCGCAAGGGUUUCCUGGUCCUCCGGGCUUUUUUGCUUUUGGGGAGAAAGGAGAAAAGGGCGUACCUGGCUUGCCAGGACCCAGGGGAGACAUGGGACUGAAGGGAUUUGAAGGGAGCCCAGGUGGAAAGGGCCAACCGGGGGACCCAGGAUUUCCAGGAAGAGAUGGAACACCAGGAGGAAAGGGCGAGUUUGGUGAUAUUGGCCCCCCAGGUCCUACCGUCGUUGUUGACGCAGAAGGCAUUGUGAUCUCAGGUCCUCCUGGAGAGCCUGGGACCCCAGGAAUCCCUGGUCCUAGAGGUGACGAAGGUCCCAUUGGGUUCCCAGGCCUUCCUGGCCAAGCAGGGUAUCCUGCACCAUUUCCAGGUCCCCCAGGUCAGGCAGGAUACCCAGGAGCUUCAGGAGCUAAAGGUGAACAAGGAGUUCCAGGUAGAUCAACAACUGGAUUGCCUGGUCCACCUGGCAGAGAUGGAGUUCCUGGUUUGCCAGGACCACCAGGACUACCUGGGCCAUUGCGUCCUGGUUUUAGACCAGAUGGAAUCCUUGAAGGAGAAGCCGGAGAAACAGGAGUCCCUGGGCAGAGAGGGCCACCAGGGAGGUUCGGUCCAAAAGGGUACAAAGGUGAAGGAGGCGACUGUGCUUGCGAUGGAGGGCUGACCGGAGUUGGCCCCAGGGGAGAGCCAGGUUCACCUGGUCAGCCUGGAAGGCCAGGAGAAGUUGGCCCAAAAGGUCCUUCAGGAGAUCUAGGCAUUGGUGAACCAGGCCCACGUGGGCCAUCGGGUAUCCUCGGUCCCCCUGGCCUUCCAGGUUUCAAAGGAGAGAAAGGAGAACCAGUGUUAGCAACCAGCAGAGGGAUCCGAGGAGAUCCUGGGGAUGUUGGCCCCAGAGGUCCUUCAGGUGUCCCUGGAAUUCCUGGUCCAGAUGGUUCCUCAGGUUUGCCAGGUCUCCCUGGACCUCCAGGUGAUGGUGGCCUUGGCUACCCAGGGGACAAAGGCUCACCAGGAUUGCCCGGAGCAAUGGGCCGGCGUGGUGAGAGCGGUCUUCCUGGCAUUGGUUUCCCAGGCUCCAUUGGAAUCCGUGGGCCUCCGGGUGAGCCAGGAAUUGAUGGCUUUCCGGGACAACCUGGUCCUCCAGGUCCUCCAGGUGAUUGCUGCUGCAGUGAGGAGGUUGGUAAUGGAGUCUUAGACGCUCAGGGAGGUAUAACCUUGCCCUGCGUAAUUCCUGGAGCAUUCGGUCCACCUGGGCUCCCAGGUUCUCCGGGAUUUCCAGGACCCAAGGGUAGCAAAGGACUUCCAGGCAUUCCAGGGCAGCCGGGAUUCAAUGGUGUAAAAGGACAGACAGGUGUACCAGGGUUGAUCGGCCUCUUAGGCAUGCCAGGUUUUCCAGGGAUUCGUGGUGACCCAGGGAUACAAGGACCUCCUGGGCCAGAGGGGACCUAUGGUUUGCCUGGAAAUCCAGGUCCUCCUGGUUUUCCUGGUGCAAAGGGUCCUCCUGGUGAAGUGUUUGGGGCUGAAAGUGGAGCUCGAGGUGAACCCGGGAGACCCGGAUUGCCAGGAAAUAAAGGGUUUGCUGGGGAUCCUGGACUUCCCGGACCAAAAGGUUUAGAUGGGAGGUCAGGCCUGCCAGGCAUAAAAGGGAGCGGUGGCGAACCAGGUCUUCCAGGUAUUCCUGGACUUCCAGGACCUCCAGGGCCUGUUGGCCCACUUGGCAUCAAAGGAAAACCAGGUCCAGUGGGAGUCGUCGGCUUCCCAGGAUCCCAAGGCUGUCAAGGACUUCCCGGAGAAAAAGGCAAAAGUGGGGAUCCCGGUCCAUCAGGCCCUGCUGGUAUGAAGGGUUUCCCAGGUCUUAAUGGUCUUCCAGGACGUCUUGGAGAGCAAGGAUUUCCCGGAUCGCCUGGCCUUUUGGGCUCAGAUGGAAAUCCAGGUUUCCCUGGAUCUAAAGGAGAAAAGGGUUCUGCGGGUGUCAUUGGCUUCCCUGGCAUGCCAGGCCUACCUGGAAUCACUGGGGUUGAGGGGAUGAAAGGAUUUCCUGGAGCACCAGGAAGAGAUGGAAGCGUUGGGUUUCCUGGACUCCUUGGUCCGAAAGGGGACAGAGGUAGUCCUGGCCCCCCUGGUCCUGUCACCGUCACACCCCCAGAACUGGCCGUCACCCUCAAAGGAAACAAAGGAGAGUCCGGCUCUAUUGGGCUUGGAGGAUUUCCAGGACCUAGAGGAGACAAGGGUCUUCCUGGGCCGCGGGGGCAGCCUGGCUUUCCAGGAAUAGCCGGAUUGCCGAGCAGAGAGAAAGGACCAGCUGGAGACUUGGGUUUCCCAGGACCAUUUGGCUCUCCUGGCUUGCCAGGGCAGAAGGGCGCUUCUGGCAUUUUAGGGUUCCCAGGGAUGCCUGGAGAAAGUGGUGCUUUGGGUAUAUCAGGCUCACCAGGAUUCCCAGGGACAAUGGGAUUACGAGGUCCAAAGGGUGACCGAGGAGACUCUCUUGGAAUCCCAGGCGGUGUAGGAGCUAAAGGAGAACGCGGAAACCCUGGAUUUCCAGGUGCGAGAGGCUAUGAUGGACCAAAGGGUGACCCAGGAUUCCCCGGAAGCCCAGGGGUCAAAGGGCAGAAAGGUGUGCUCGGUAACAUCGGCCAAGAAGGACCGCCAGGUGUCCCUGGAGUUGGUAUCUCAAGGGGCAACCCAGGAUUUCCAGGGACCCCAGGACAGCGUGGUUCCCCAGGACUUCCAGGACUUCCCGGCAUCCAAGGACUAAAAGGGUUUCCAGGCUUUCCAGGUCUGAAUGGUCUAAAUGGCUUACCGGGCACCAAAGGUUCUCCUGGGACACCAGGUCCAAGUGAAAUUGGACUUCCAGGUCCUGCGGGGUUUCCAGGUGCCAAAGGAGAGCAGGGAGUCCCAGGUUUUCAGCGUGGAGUCCCGGGGUUUCCUGGGCAGAAAGGACCUGCAGGAGAUAUGGGUCGUCCUGGAACCCUGGGUCUGCCUGGUUUGCGUGGCCCUCCUGGCAUUUCCCUUCCAUCUAAGAUUCCUGGGAGACCUGGAGAUGCUGGACGUCCUGGAGAGGAUGGUAUACCAGGCCCACAAGGACCCCGUGGUAUUCAAGGACCCCCGGGUCCAGCUUCUAACCAAGGGGACACAGGGACCCCAGGAUUCGCUGGUCUUCCUGGUUUCCCAGGCCCCAAAGGAGAUAUGGGGAUUUCUGGACUCAGUGGUGUUCCAGGAGCAUCCGGAUUCAAAGGCUUCAGAGGUGAACCAGGCUCCAUGGGAAUGCCAGGCAAAGAUGGCCCUUCAGGCGAUCCAGGUUUCCCAGGUCCAAAAGGUGAAACCGGGCGUCGAGGUUUUCCUGGUCUCCAGGGAGCUCCAGGCUUGACACAGAAACCCGAAGACAUCAAGGUUCCUCCUGGGUUCAUUGGACUUCCAGGGAUUGAUGGCAUCCCAGGUUUAAAUGGAGAUCCGGGAUUCCAGGGACCAGUCGGCCAGCAAGGCCCCAAAGGGGUGACAGGUAGACCUGGCCAGAUGGGGAUCAAUGGUCUGCCUGGAGCACCUGGUAUGGUGGGCGAUCCAGGCUCUCCAGGUAGCCCUGGACCACCAGGAUUUGAAGGUCAGUCUGGGAAGACGGGGCCGCUGGGUUUGCCUGGCAUGCCGGGGCGCAGCGUUGGCGUCGGCUACACCUUGGUGAAGCACAGCCAGUCAGAGCAGAUCCCACCCUGCCCUGUAGGGAUGAACAAGCUCUGGGAAGGCUACAGCUUGUUGUAUGUGGAGGGCCAGGAGAAGGCACACAACCAAGACCUCGGUUUUGCUGGUUCCUGUCUGCCUCGCUUCAGCACGAUGCCCUUUAUUUAUUGCAACAUCAAUGAGGUGUGCUACUAUGCCAGCCGCAACGAUAAGUCUUACUGGCUCUCCACCACUGCGCCCAUCCCCAUGAUGCCCGUCAGCAGCUUCCAGAUCGCUCAGUACAUCAGUCGCUGCUCUGUGUGUGAAGCUCCUUCCCAAGCAGUGGCUGUCCACAGUCAGGACAUCACCAUCCCACAGUGUCCAGAGGGCUGGCGAAGCCUCUGGAUUGGAUACUCCUUCCUUAUGCACACUGCGGCCGGAGCCGAAGGGGGCGGACAAUCCCUUGUCUCCCCAGGGUCCUGCCUGGAGGAUUUCCGUGCCACCCCUUUCAUCGAGUGCAAUGGUGCCCGGGGGACCUGCCACUACUUUUCCAACAAGUACAGCUUCUGGCUGACAACGGUGGAGCAGACCCAGCAAUUUAUUGAACCUCCCAUCUCCGAGACGUUGAAAGCAGGGCAGCUCCUGACGCGGGUAGGCCGGUGCCAAGUCUGCAUGAAGAAUUUGUAGCGAAGGCCUCAAACCCACCAAAUGCCAACAUCGGGACUUGGAGGUCUUCUUUGUUUGAAGGCCAAGGACUACGUAACCCCCCAGAAUCUUCUUGUCUAUUAUCACAGAACAUGGUGCUACGUUUUCUCUCUUUUUCCUCCCCCUUGUUUUUAUAUUCAUGGCUACCUCAGAAAGUCUUUCCAGGUGCCACCUUUGUCCUCAUUUUGUCACGUCAAACAGAGUUUAACAUUUCAGGAGGAAGUUGUCUCAAAACCCUUUGCCCUUUGGCACUGCUUCUUAUGUUAUGGAUUUAGACGCUUGCAAAGAAUUCCACAAAUGUUACUGAGGCCAUUAUGGGCCAGUCAACCGUUCAGUCCGAAAUGGUAAGUGAAUAUGAAUAUCACCACCAUCAACAUAGUGAUGCAGUUAAUACAUGCAAAUCCUUAACUGAACAACCCAGGAUAUUUAUGCAAGCAGUGGAGAAAUUGGUGAGGCACACAGCUUUGAUAGUCUACAUAGCAAUUAUCGGCUACUUAAAGGCUUGAAUCUUGUUCCCAGGCCCCAUCCAAAAGAGCAACUCACUUUAUGAAGUGUGUCCACCACAUACAUAAUAACCUCUUCCUAGUGUGUUGUAAGAGAAGGCUCCUUGUUUAUGCUUGACAUUGGCUGGCUGUAAAGUUUGAGCAGAAAUAAAAGUAAGUAAACCUAAAAGACCCCCCCCCCAAAACAAUUGUCCAGAUUACGAUUUGGACACCAUGGUUUUAAUUAUGGCUUGUGCCAACCAUCUUAACUAUCUUCCCUGAUUCUGAUAGGAAAAUGGUUAACGCAAGAGGUCUUCCCUAAGAAUCCCCUUUUCUUAAGUCACUUUUGUGAGUUAUCUGUACUUCUUGCAUUUUGAAGUUCUCCAUCUUGAACUUUCUCAGUUGAUGUACUUGCUUUAACGUUCCCCGAUAUGUAUUUUACAUAUUGUUUCGGGGACUUGUCUUAGCCUCUAUAUUUUCUAUGUGUAAAAAGGAUUGUUUUUUCCCUUCUUUUAGAUUGACUUCUGAAUACAUAAUACCUUAAAUCAUUUCCAAUUUGCAUGUGGGUUGUAGAAUAUCCUUGAUUUUUUAGAUUAUAUUGAGCUGUUUAAUAAUAGCACAGAGAACUUAUACACAAAUGCAGUAGUUGAACACCAGAGAUGGGGGCAUAGCAUUUUCUGAGACUUCACCCACCUUUCAGGCUUUCUGAAUUGGCAACACGCUAUUGCCAGAAAGAUCCUUGAGAAUUAUCAGGCAAAUUGCUGGUGUUCGGUAACAGUUUAUAAAAGGCAUAUACAAGUUUGAACUAGACACUGGAUGAGAAGGACUCCCUCUAAGUACUUGUGUUGUGUGAACCCUGAGCGAACAAUUUGUUUUGCAGAGUCCAAAGACCCUUGUAUGAAGUCUCAUAGCUUCUCUGACACUAUGCUGUACUGUAUAUCUGCUUAAGGAUUCUGGAAGUUGUAACCCAACACAUCUAAAGAUUGUAGGCAGGAGAAAGCUGGUGCGUUGUACAUACAAUCAGACAUUUUAAACAUUGGUUACCAUUAAUAUUUUGCCCUUGUCUCUCAAACGUAGCCUUGGAAAUAUUGGUGCUUGACUAUUAAACAAUUUAGUAUUUGUCUGUUGUUGCAUUGAGUAGGUAUUAGGUUACUGUUUUCUACUACUAUUUUACUUCUGCUAGACUGGGGUAGGGGAAGGAUGACUGUUUGUGUAAUGCACUGUGAGAAACAUUUUACAGGCACUGAGUAUAUUUCCUCUGUUAUUAUCUCCAGAAAGACAUAAAACCGCAGUAUAUCAGUUUUGGGAGUUGUAUCCCAUUUGGUCUCACAUGGUAAGCUUGGGCGAGCCCCCUGCUUUGUAUAAGCUAUUUAUCAAAGUCUUAGUAAACGGUCACAUCUUAGUUAAGCAAGGAGCCAGGUUUGGUAGAAUCACCAAGCACACCAUUCACAUGUGACUAUGUUAAGGAUCAUA